AUGGCGUGCAGCUUCCCGCGAACCAAGUUCGCGACCUUGACACCCCUCAGUACGCUAUUCAGCUCGUCCGCAACCCAUAAGAAGCGAAUGAAGACCACUACCCCGCGAACGCUCUAUCGAAAUCUCUGCCAACGAACCCUCUCCUCAUCGACGUUAAUCUCCAUCCCGCGCAACCCAUUCGUACUACGACGGCUGAGUACUGCGCCAGGCAGCUGCAGCACGAGCAAGGUUCUCUCGCCUCGUCAGAUAACCACCAGCACGUUCUCGACGUAUACACACUUGAAAAUGUCCGACGCAGACUACGCGGCGUUCCUGGACAAGGCGAACCAGGACCCCAACGAGGGACAUGCCACCACGACCAGCAAGAGCAAGGAGUUCAAGGCGCAAGACAAGGGCGUCGAGGUACCCAAGGCCAUUCAGGACGUGUUGAAGCAGGAUAAAGUGUACAUCUCGGACGCGGAUGAGCCGUUUGUCGGCGUCGCGCUGCAGUGGGAUGAGGCUGGCAAAGGUUUGCCGGACGAAGUCGAAUUCGCGCAACUUAUCGAUCACCCCGACGCCGAGAACGCGGACGUGGAGCUCCUGGACCCCGUGGACUGGGACUCGAACGGCGAUUACAAGGACGUCAUUGAGGCGGUCCGCAAGGCGGGCAAGGGCAACGACGUUAGAGUUUACAAGGUGCCAAAGGGCGGUGUCCGGACGGAGUACUGGCUCGUCACGACGGACGGGAAGGGCAAGGAGGCGAAGCUCGUGGGCGUCAAGGCGCUGUCUGUCGAGAGCUGA